AUGGCGGGUAUGGCUAUAAAACUUGAUAUGGCAAAGGCAUAUGAUCAUGUAGAAUGGGAAUUUUUGCUUGCUAUGAUGGCUAAAUUGGGGUUUGCGCCACAGUUUUGUAGGUGGAUUAAGGAAUGUAUUUCAUCGGCUUCUUUCAAUGUUAUAGUGAAUGAGACUCCUCAGAGAUACAUUCACCCGCAGAGGGGGUUGCGGCAGGGGGAUCUAAUUUCCUUAUAUUUGUUCCUUAUAUACAUUGAAGGGUUUUCUGCUUUAAUUCAGAAUGGGAUGGAGAGAGGUGCUUUGCAUGGGUUUAAAAUGACAUAUACUGGUGCAUCGGUGGAGGAAUUGAAGGGUGUAGUGGAGGUGUUGAAGACUUAUGCGGCUGGGUCCGGGCAGGAAAUCAAUUUGAGUAAGAGUUCGAUCUCUUUUGGCUCCAAAACUCCAAAGAAGAUUAGGAAGACGAUUGAGAGAAUUUUCAAUAUUCAAAGUAAGGAUGGCUUUGGGAGGUAUUUAGGGCUACAAGCGGACUUCAGGCAUUCAAAGAAAGCUGUUUUUGAGGAGGUUAGGGAGAAAAUUGAAUCUCGUAUGGUGGGAUAG